CUCGUUCGCUACACCCCUAUUUCUUUCCCCCUCUUUCCCUUAUAGAAUCUCUUUCUACAAUGGCAACCGCGGGAGUCCAAUCGUCAACCUCCCCGCGCUUACCCAGUCCUCCGCCGCUCACAGAGGUCCAAAUUGACUCCCCGUCUCCGUCGGUCGGCGACGAGUCCUCCGGCCAGGAUGCAGGGCAACCACUAGGAUACACCCCGGACAACAACAACGAUGAAGUUAGUGCGACGCGAAGGGUUCGACUCGGGAGUAAGGCAAUUGAUAUGGCUGCUGGUCCGCCAUUGAUUCCUCUCGCGCAGCUCGACUCCCCGUUCCAGCUUCAAGAACACCUAAAAGCCCUGCACAACCACUAUACCCGACCUGAAGGCUCCGAAACAGUCAUUCCGAUCCACCGCGACAUCGCGAUCCAGCUUGCGGAACCCCCUGAAGGUGUCGACCGGGCGCUCUGGCUCUAUGAACUAUGCCGCUUCCUCACCAUGAAGGUCAACAACCUUAUCGUUGCCUUCUUCGCCGAGAAUCCUCCCUGCUCCAUCCAGACGUGUCCCGAAAUGCAAGCGUCCGAAUGGCAGUACCUCUGCGCCGUCCACGAUCCCCCCAAGACCUGCUGUGCUAUCGAUUACUGCUGCCACACGCUCGACUGGGCUACGAACAUCCUUACCUCUCCGAAACACUUCCCGAGUCGGUUGACGCUGGGCUCGGAAGCGAGUGGUGGUCCGCAGGCGAGCAUGAGACACUUGGUCAACAUCUUCCGUCGGGUGUAUCGUAUCUUCGCGCAUGCUUGGUUUAAGCACCGAGAGGUAUUCUGGCAUGUGGAAGGUAACGAGGGACUUUAUAUUUUCUUCAAGACGGUUUGCGAUGUGUAUCAUCUUAUGCCGGAGGAUAGCUACACGGUUCCCGCGGAGGCAGAGGGCAUCGAGCCGGCUGCAGAGAAACCCACGAAGAAGCCAGCUGAAGGACCACGAGUUACGAUAUUGCGAAAAGAAGAUGAAGGAUCCAAGGACGGCGACGCUAGCGCUACUGCACGACGUCAUAAACACUCUCCGUCCACUGGUUCACGCGUUGCUACUAUCGCUGAGAGCGCUGAGGAUCAUGAGGAUUCUAAAGCCGAACUAUUGGAGGUGAAGGAGGACGCUGCUCCAGAGAAGGAAACCGAAGAUAGAAAAGGAGAAGAAGAAGAAGAAGAAGAAGAAGAAGAAGAAGAAGGCGAGGAGACUACCAUUGCGCUCGAGGAGCCUCGGGAAGUGACAGAGCAGCCCAACGGCGAUAACAUCGUUAUUUACGAGCAGGAGGUUAGCGAGGAACCCAAUUCAGAGGAGCGCAAGCCCGAGGAAUCUAAGCUUGAGGAACCUGAGACGACUGAGCCGGAAGAGGAGUCGCAACCACGGCCUACGGAAGAGCAAGCGGAACCCAGCCAACCCAAGGAGCCGCAGACAGAGCCCGAAACGAGCAAACCGGAAGAAAAGAUCGAACCCUUCCCAGCUGCAGAGGAACGUUCCUUAGAGCCAGCGCCAGAGCCUACACCGGAGCCUAUUUUGGAACUAGAGCCGAUAGCAGAGCUAGAGCCCACGUUGGAGCCCAUGUCGGAGCCAGCGACGGAGCCAGCGGCGGAGCAGGAAGCAGAUCUAGAGUCUAAGCCGGAGACAGAGACUAAGACAGAGACAGAGGAAAAGAAAGAGCAACCAGCAGAACAAGUCAAGGAAGCCAAAUCUGAGACCGAACCGGAACUGGCUAAAGAGGCUUAAAAUCUUCAUCCUUUCUUUUUACGAUGAUUCUGUUUCUAUGACAUGGAUUACGGUUAUAACUUGCAUGUUUCUGACGAUUUCCCUGUAUGAUAGCUUUAAUUUUUUUGUGAACAUAGGCACUGUAAUAUUGGAUAUGACAUUAAUACUUUUUGAAAUUGAAUGAUGAUGCCUGGAUUC